AAUGUUGACUCGCAAGUCGGAGUAAACGUUACUAAUGUAACGCGGAGGUGCUGCUAGCCUCGGCGAGCUAAGUGGCUAACGCUAGCAUCCCAACUAUGGAUACCCACACACCGCACUUGCAAGGAGGAUCUCGGCCACACUUUGGAAACAAAUAUUUUCUUUUUAUGAGUCGACGUAACACGACGAAAAGGAAGUGAAUUUAGUUUUUAUGUUAUGAAAAAAAUUUACUUUUUAAUUUCUUCAACGAGAGUCGGUCGCUGACUGGGCGACGUUGAGCGUGUUGAAAACAAAAGGGACGCACUUGUGUUUGUCACAUUAAUGAUAAACAAAGAGGAGAUUUUAUUGUGAAAAUACUAGGGCUGAAUUUGUUCGUCGGUCGCGUUCUCGGCACCCGAAAAAAAUAAGUACAUCUGGCGUUAUUGCGGUGUAAAGAAGACAAAGUGUUUAUUUUAACAUGAAUGCAUCUUAAACAUCGGUCAAAACCUGGGCAUCUUGUCUCAUGGCAACUCUUUCCAAAUAACCAUUUUUAAAAUAGUAUAUCUAUCGUUGUGCUCGAGGCUACCAUCGGGUAUGACCGAGGCUACCGCAGUAAUUCUCCCUUUGGUGCUCAUUUAAAAAAAUAUUCCAAGUUGUCAGGAGAUUCGCGAUUUCCCCUCAGCCGUAAACGUCGACUCAAACGUCGUAAAUGUUCAUUUUGAAGUAUUACUCGGGUCGUCGGGACAGCUGUUGCAGUUGGGGAGGGGGUGGAUGGGGGGGGCAUUAUGAGGGACAAAGACCCCCUUAGAGAGUCUCGUAUUGUUCUUUUUAACACUUUUUGAAGUGGUCGCAAGUUCGAACAAGUCUGUUUGUUUAUUUAUUUAUUUAGCCUGCUAAAUUUGAGUUGUAUGGACGCGUGUGUCCUCACGUGACCGAUGAGGAGAAAGGCUGCUUGACAGCGUAACAAGGCCGCUGUGCAUUGUGCAGUUUUUUUCCAGUCUUGGCGUGUUUUAGGACCAUGUCACGGGACUGCUAAUCCAAAGAAAAUGAUCAAGACUGUCUGUCGGUUCUCCAACUUUCCACACCAAGUAUCUACUGAAAAAAAAAAACAUUUUACUCUCCAAGCUACCUCUGUAACAUGCACAUUUUGAACUACAGUUGUGCUUAAAGGUACAGUGUGUGUAAUUCAGCGUCAUCUAGUGGUGAACUCAUAGAAUGCAACGAUUUUCGGUAAAUGCAGGCGCACUCGUUGCCUCAGGGAGACCACACACUUCGCAAGCCUACCACCAAUUCCUUCAGCAGAGGGUCUGUGGCGGUGUCUCGCAAAGCCAUGCCCUCGGUGAUGGAGCGCUCUGGGGCCGGUGUCCUGUCCAGGAGCCGAGCCAAGACCGUAACCAACGGUAACAGCCAACCGCAUUCCGAGGAGGAGAGCAGCGAUGAGGAGCAUGCUCAUGACAGCAUGAUUCGAGUGGGAGGAGACUACCAGGCCCAAAUCCCGGAGUUCAAACCAGACAGCCCGGCCCGUUACAAUGAGAAGGACCAGAGGAGCAUGUUGGUCUGGUGUCCCAACACUCAGCUGUCGGAUGCAAUGUUGGACGAAUACAUCCUGAUGGCCAAAGAGAAACAUGGCUACAACAUGGAGCAGGCGCUGGGCAUGCUGCUGUGGCACAAGCACGACGUGGAGCGCUCGCUGGCCGACCUGGCCAACUUCACGCCGUUCCCCGACGAGUGGACGGUGGAGGAUAAAGUGCUGUUCGAACAGGCCUUCAGCUUCCACGGGAAGAGCUUCCACCGCAUACAGCAGAUGCUUCCGGACAAGCUGAUAUCCAGUUUGGUGAAGUACUACUACAGCUGGAAGAAGACAAGAACCAGAACCUCCGUCAUGGACCGCCAGGCCAGGAGGCUGGUCAGCAAGAGGGAGAAAGAUGACAGCAAUGACGAGCUGGAGGAAGGAGAUCCCGGCAGCGACUGUGACUUUGAGCUUGAUGCCAAAAAGGAGGCGGCCAAGCAGAACGCCAAUAGCGCCGCCUCAGACAAGGUCACCCCCGGUCGCUCCGGCCCCAUCAAGAAGGAAAACAUCGGCGCACAGUACCGCCACCACCCUCUUCGAGCGCGCCGCCGGCCGCCCAAGGGGAUGCACCUGGAGCAGGCCGACAUCACGUCCCUGUCCGCCUCGCACGACUCGGGCGUGCUGACGAUAAGGCAGCUGGACACGCAGCUGGUGUCACUCAAACGACAGGUCCAAAGUAUUAAACAGAGCAACAGUAGUUUGAAACUGAGUCUGAAUGAAGGUGUUGACACUUUCAGGCCCACUGAGCCCACCCCCAAGAUGAACGCUCGCUGGACGACAGAGGAGCAGCUGCUUGCGGUGCAAGCAAUCCGUCGUUACGGCAAAGACUUCAACGCCAUCGCUGAAGUGAUUGGAAACAAGACGUCCGCUCAGGUGAGCUCCUUCUUCGUGAGCUACCGCCGCAGGUUCAACCUGGACGAGGUGCUGAGGGAGUGGGCCGCCGAGCAGGUGGCCACCCGUGACCUCAGGCGGGGUGGCGAGGAGAUGGUGACCGCCACGGAAGGGGGAGCGGAGGAAGACGAGGUCAAGAUGGAGGACUCUCCUCCAGAUGCGGCCGGGAGCUCCUCGCCCCACUCAUCGAGCCACAACCCUUCGUCCCUGUCCCAGCCACCCCCGCUGCUGCGCCCGGCGCCGCCCUCUGCGCCGCCCAGCCUCCUGCGCCAGCCCCCGCCACUGCAGACCCGCCCGCUGCAGAACCGGGCCCCUCACAACCACCCGCCGCCGCCCCUCAUCCGGCCCGCAGUCACCUCCUCCGGAAGCUCCAGCCUGCGGGCUUCUCCUCCCAGCUCCUCGCCCUCGGCAGCCAUGCAGAUGCCGCCGUCGCUGGUGGGGAUCAAGGUGGAGCAGGCCAACUCGCACUAGGAGACGGAACACACGAGGGUUGCGAAACGGUGCAACAUUUCUGGGAAAUUUCAACGAAAAGUUAGCUUGGAAAUAUGCCAACUUGGAAACUUUCCGUGGGAAUUGAGAAUGAGAAAGGUUACACGUUUACUCGUGCAGAUUUAUCCCCGUGAAGAGCCACCUUUCGCUUUUGGAAAUUCCUGUUUCAUCCCCAUUCGUUCCAAUGGAAAAUUUCCCAGUUGGGCAAUUUGCAACCCUCGUUCCACCCAAAAUGUUUUCACGGCGUCUCGUGAGCACUGUGGUCCAAAAUGUCAGCUCUUAAGUGUUUUUGUAUUCUAGCUGCACUGUCACACCUACCUCCAGACCACUGCUAUUCCACACACACACACACACGUACACGUUCAAUAGCUCAAAACUCCAAACACUACCUAAGCCCCUACAGUUUGAACAGCUUUUGCAUUACAACUGGAACCCUCAGAGGAUAGAGCAGGUACAAUGUUGACCAGUUUUGAAUAGCUGAGGUGAAACUUUUCAGGAUGGGAUGAUGGGGAUAAAGAGCAAUGAAGUUUCUCUCCCUCUUCUCGCAGCCAUGUCCUACUGGUAUGAACUGGAGUGAAGUGUUUUUUGUUGUUUUUUUUUAACUAGAUUUAAGAUGAUCUCUUUGGUAGUAGUAAUAGUUUAGGUGUUUAUUAUUAUUGACAAAGCACUAAGGAGCCUUUGGUGUGUGACUUGAGUUGUGAGUCCUCUUUGCCCCAUCUCCUACAACUUAUUCAGCCAAAGUCAGUUCUCGCUUUAAAAGCACAAGGGGGGAGAAAAAAAAAGACUUUGACUUUCUUAUGACAGCUGCUAAUUAUGUUUUGAUACAGGAACGUUAUCCAAAUUGUUGCAGUGAAUCUGGUGUUUUUUGAUAGGUAGCAUGUCUAAGUGUAAAGCUACUGGGAUCACAAGUCACUUCUAUUCACGUUUGGCUUUCAAGCCGACUUGCCUUUUGAUUCCUUUGAGGUUCACUCUCAUUUUCAUGCAAAAAAAAAAGGCUAAUACAGCCUGUAUGUGAAAAAUUGUUAGACGUUUCCAUUUGUUUUUUUUCUAGAAUAAGGAAUUGGCCACAGUUUAGUUUAAUAUAGUAAUUAUUAUUAUAUCAGUUUGUUGCAUGCAUGUGCAGUAGAAGUGCACAUUGAGUCGAGAGAGGAACUAGAGACAGAACAGAUCCACUUGAACAAGGUGUAAUUAUUGUCAUUUCAGAUAAUGACGAGCUUUGAUCGCAGAAGUGUGCGACGACUUAGGGGUUCAUUUCGUUUUUUUAUUUGGAGAGUGGUCUCAAAUUAAAAGAUGUGUUGGGUGAAAAUGAGACAAUGCAAAUGCACGAAUUGUCGUGGGCUCUUGUCGCGAAGUUUUUUGUUUAUUUAUGUGUUUAUUGUGUUGGUUUUUUUUAAUCGAUUUGAUUUUCACGCUUUAACGCUGAAUUGUACGGCGACAUUGCCGUUAUGUUAUUACAUGUGUCAAAUUGAAAGGAUUAGGUGAAGAUGUUCAAGACUGGGAAUUUAACAAUGUCAUGGUUGUGUUGUAUGGUUUUGACCAUUACAUAAUUUUGUGACGAGAAUUUGCCGCCUUCUUGGCUAGUACGAUGAAACAAAAUCUCCCGACUGUUAGUUGCUUCGCUAACUUUUCUCAUACAUAUCAAUUUCCCCCAAAUAAAGGACUGAGAAAGCA